AUGUUUACAUUUGCUUGGGGUUUGUACAACUCGCUCUUUUCGGAUCGAACGUACAAAGUUCUUAUUAUUGGUCUUGAAUCCUCCGGCAAGACCACGCUUCAAGAACAGAUGAAGUGUAUAUACGCAACGAACAGUAAUAAUGCCUCACAGACGGGGUCGGGCGGGGGAAAUUCCAUCCCCACACCGGCGCCAAUGAGUGUCAUGAAAAACAAACGCAUUCGUCCCACCGUAGGGUUAAAUAUGGAUCGCAUUACACAUCGCACCAUUCCGCCAAGAAUUUAUGUCUCUUGUAGUCGGGGAAGUUUUUCUCUGGAAAAAGAUGGCGAUGCUUACCAUUCCGGGUCUAUUCACUCUGCCUCGUCGAGCAUGUCUCAUGGUUCAUUUACACCAGUCACAACACGACUUACGUUGUGGGAUGUGGGUGGCUCAAUGCAGACACUUUGGGCAAAUUAUUUUGCUCCUUGUCAUGGUGUCAUCUUUGUGGUGGAUAGCACGAUAGGGGCGAGUGAAGAUGCCAUGAGUUUUACUGCUACGGGAAAUGCUUCCACCUCUGCGGUGGCUGGUGUAGCUUUUAGCGAUCAAGCCGCUACCCCCUCCGUGCAGUCACAUAUGAGUUCCUUGGAUGUAGAACGUUUGAGCUCCACUUUUUCCCCAUGCAGGAUGGUGACAUCCAUAGUUGAUGCUCCAUUUAUCGAGUCGGAGAAGAACGACGUGGUGACGCUUCGGCUGAUGGAAGAAAAACGGCGAAGCUCCCAGCGAAAGGCAUACGCGCGGAAUGCAGCGGUGUUGCGUGCGGUAUUUAGUCAUCCACACCUGACAGACGCGCCGCUGUUGAUUCUCUCUAAUAAGGCAGAUGUCAUGGGUCACUGCCCUCUUGCCGAGAUGCAGGAAGCCCUUGGGCUAGUCGAUUUGGCCCUUAUGCACGAGUCGUAUAAAAAUGGUGCUACGGAUGUUGAGUCCCAUUGUGAGUUAAAUGCUCGUGGUGCAGGUGAAGUGUUUGGGCCCACUUCCAUUAGUGAUCACUCUUCUAACGGUGUCGACGCUGUGGGGACAAGCGGUAUUGGAAAGAAAAUCAUGCGUUUGGCGGAGGUGAGUGCGUUGGAUGGUUCUGGAGUACGUGAGGCGAUGGACUGGCUUGUUUUUCAGAUGCGGGACAGCGCGCGGGUGGCAGUGGAGGAUGAUGGGGGAUGA